GGCGGCAGUCGCGGCCGCGAGAUGGCGGGGGGCCGCGGGUGCCCGGCGCGGCGCUGAGCCCCGCGCUCAGCCCCCGCCACCCUCCACGCAGCACCUACCGCCGGGACCCCUGCAGAGGCUCAGCUGCCCCUGGACUCCCCUCGACCUUGGCACUCAGGUGUGUGCCCACCAUGCCCGUGGUCAGCGUCAUCCUCUGGGUCACCCUGCUGACUCUGGGCUGGCGGUCCACCAAUGCCAAGGACCACGGCUUCGCCACCCCAAGGGUCCAGCUCUCUUUCAAAGAGCUGAAGGCGACGGGCACAGCGCACUUCUUCAACUUCCUGCUCAACUCCAGCGACUACCGCAUCCUGCUGAAGGACGAGGACCAUGACCGCAUGUACGUGGGCAGCAAGGACUACAUCCUCUCCCUGGACCUGCACGACAUCAAUCGCGAGCCCCUCAUCAUCCAUUGGCCUGCAUCCCAGCAGAGGAUCGACGAGUGCAUCCUGUCAGGCAAGAACAGCAAUGGGGAGUGUGGCAACUUCAUCCGCCUGAUCCAGCCCUGGAACCGGACCCACCUCUAUGUGUGCGGCACUGGCGCCUACAACCCCAUCUGCACCUUUGUCAACCGUGGGCGCAAAGCCCAGGGGUUCUCGCCGAGCCAGCCGGGAGGCCAGGAAAGCAGAUCCACCGACAGCCCCCUCAGCCCGAGACCAGCACAGAGCAAGGAUUAUAUCUUCUACCUGGAGCCAGACAAGCUGGAGUCAGGCAAGGGGAAGUGUUCCUAUGACCCCAAAGUAGACACCGUCUCUGCAUUGAUAAAUGAAGAGCUCUAUGCUGGUGUCUACAUUGACUUCAUGGGAACAGAUGCAGCCAUCUUCCGCACCAUGGGCAAGCAGACAGCCAUGAGGACAGACCAAUACAACUCACGCUGGCUCAACGACCCAGCCUUCGUCCGUGCCCAGCUCAUCCCUGACAGCAGCGAGAGGAACGACGACAAGCUCUACUUCUUCUUCCGAGAGAAGUCAGCCGAUGCCCCGCUGAGCCCUGGCAUCUAUUCCCGCAUUGGGCGCAUCUGCCUGAACGAUGACGGUGGCCACUGCUGCCUCGUGAACAAGUGGAGCACCUUCCUGAAGGCCAGACUUGUCUGCUCCGUGCCAGGGCCAGAUGGCAUUGAAACACAUUUUGAUGAGCUCCAGGAUGUCUUCAUCCAGCAGACUCAGGACACCAAGAACCCUGUGAUCUAUGCUGUCUUCUCUGCUUCGGGGUCGGUCUUCAAGGGCUCUGCUGUAUGUGUCUACUCCAUGGCCGACAUCCGCAUGGUCUUCAAUGGGCCCUUCGCACACAAGGAAGGACCCAACUACCAGUGGAUGCCCUACACGGGCAAAAUGCCCUACCCUCGACCAGGCACAUGUCCCGGGGGGACCUUCACCCCGUCCAUGAAGUCAACCAAGGACUACCCUGACGAAGUGAUCAACUUCAUGCGGGCACACCCGCUGAUGUACCACGCUGUGUACCCCACCCACCGCCAGCCGCUGGUGGUCCGCACCAACGUCAACUACCGCUUCACCACGGUGGCCGUCGACCAGGUGGAUGCAGCAGACGGGCGCUAUGAGGUGCUUUUCCUGGGCACAGAUCGGGGUACUGUGCAGAAGGUCAUAGUGCUCCCCCGGGAUGACAUGGAGACAGAAGAGCUCAUGCUGGAGGAGAUCGAGGUGUUCAAGGUGCCAGCACCCAUCAAGACAAUGACCAUCUCCUCCAAGAGGCAACAGCUGUACGUGUCCUCAGCUGUAGGCGUGACCCACCUGGCCCUGCACCGCUGUGACGUCUACGGGGAAGCCUGUGCUGACUGCUGCCUGGCCCGGGACCCCUACUGCGCCUGGGACGGCAGCGCCUGCACCCGCUACUCUGCCUCCUCCAAGAGGAGGAGCCGGCGGCAGGAUGUCCGACAUGGCAACCCCAUCCGCCAGUGCCGAGGAUACAACUCCAACGCUAACAAGAACGCAGUGGAGGCUGUGCAGUACGGAGUGGAGGGCAGCACCGCCUUCCUGGAAUGCCAGCCCCGCUCACCCCAGGCCAGCGUCAAGUGGCUGCUGCAGAAGGACAACAGCGACCGUCGGAAAGAGCUGCGGGUGGAGGGCCGAGUGCUGCGGACGGAGCAGGGCUUGCUGCUGCGUGCCCUCCAGCUGACUGACAGCGGCCUCUACUCCUGCACUGCCACCGAGAACAACUUCAAGCACACGGUGACCAAGGUGCAGCUCCGCGUCCUCAGCAGCCGUGCUGUCCACGCCGUGCUGGUCCAGGCAGAGACCCCCCCAGGCCUGCCGGGUGCUCCCACUCCCCGCUACCAGGACCUGCUCCAGCUCCUCACCCAGCCUGAAAUGGGACUCCUGGACCAGUACUGCCAGGGCUACUGGCGGCACACGGCCGCUAGCCCCCCUCAGCCGCUGGCUGGCCUCAAAGCCAAGGAGCAGCAGGACCAGAAGAAGCCUCGAAAUCGCCGGAAUCACCAGCCAGAGACCUAUGGGCAUACAUGAAACCAUCAUCAGGGACUUUGCUAGCACAAUGGUCUAUUUUUCCUCCCUUUUAAUAUUAAAAAUAUCUAUAAAUAAAUAUAUAUAUAUAUGCACACACACACAUCCACACACACGCAGACACGGGUGCCCCCCCACCCAUGGGUAUUUAUUUGGAGGUUGUACAUAGUCACUGGGGUGAUGUGACACCUGGCCCAGGGCAGGAGCAGGGCCCUGAGGUGGCAUCACUGUCUUCUUCACUGACUCAGGACCUCAGGACUCUGACAUGAGGGGACCAUGGGCACCAUGGUUGGGGUACAGUGCUGUGCUGAGGGCUGGGGGGGACAAGGGAGGGAGAGAGGUAUCAUUGAACAAGUUCUGCCCUCUGCAAGCUCUGCAGGGUCCUCACAGCAUUAUGUCUCAGUUCCCCUACCUAGUUAUUUAGCAUUGAGUGGGGAAAGGGGGCCAUGGGGACAGGAUACACUGCCCUGUCCCCUCCCUGGGGGCUUGGCGUGGAGUGGGACAGGAUUCUUGAAGCAGGACCCAAGUUUUCAGGCUACAGUGAAGGUUUGUCCAGGGUGUUUGGGUGGGGAAGGGAAAGAGAAGCAGCCAUGCUGGGGUAGGACCUUGAGCAGGUGCUGGCACCAGCAUCCAUGGGCACCUAACCCAUCAGCCAUUCCCUCAGGGUACCCCAGAAGGUGGCAGGGGGUUGUAAAUAGUUGUACAUGGGGAGCACAGGGGCAGGGGCCACCCCCAAAUAAACACUGGCUUUGGGAUGGA